AUGGUUCCCCACCCCGUCACCCACCACGUCACGCUGUCAGGACACGCACAGCCUCGGGACCAAGUCAGCUGGACACAAACCCUCCCUGUCUGCUCACCGUCCUUGUCUCUUUUGGUUUUUCACUCCCACUCUCAGCUAGCAAGACGGGGACUCGAUGUUGUGCUUAUCAGCCGGACGCUGGAAAAACUAGAGGCCGUUGCCACAGAGAUCGAGCAGACUACAGGGAGGAGUGUGAAGAUUAUACAAGCAGAUUUUACCAAAGAUGACAUCUACGAGCAUAUUAAAGAAAAACUUACAGGCUUAGAAAUUGGAAUUUUAGUCAACAAUGUUGGAAUGCUUCCAAACCUUCUCCCAAGCCAUUUCCUGAACGCGCCAGAUGAAAUCCAGAACCUCAUCCAUUGUAACAUCACCUCCGUAGUCAAGAUGACACAGCUAAUUCUGAAACAUAUGGAAUCAAGGCGGAAAGGUCUCAUCCUGAACAUUUCUUCCGGGAUAGCCCUGUUUCCUUGGCCUCUCUACUCCAUGUACUCAGCUUCCAAGGCGUUUGUGUGCACAUUUUCCAAGGCCCUGCAAGAGGAAUAUAGAGCAAAAGAGGUCAUCAUCCAGGUGCUGACCCCAUAUGCGGUCUCGACUGCAAUGACAAAAUAUCUAAAUACCAAUGUGAUAACCAAGACUGCUGAUGAGUUUGUCCAAGAGUCACUGAAUUAUGUCACAAUCGGAGGUGAAACCUGUGGCUGCCUUGCCCAUGAAAUCUUGGCGGGCUUUCUGAGCCUGAUCCCGGCCUGGGCCUUCUACAGCGGCGCCUUCCAAAGGCUGCUCCUGACACACUAUGUCGCGUACCUGAAGCUCAACACCAAGGUCAGGUAGCCGGGCGGUGAGGAGUCCCGCACAGCCUUCUCCUCACCAGUCCCAUGGUGACUGAAGAGGACCAGAGGAGCAGACAGCACUUCAACCUAGUCCGCCGAAGAUGGAGGGGCUGGGGUCACACAGGCAUAGAAUACACAUUUUUUGCUACUUUA